AUGCCAAACUGCAAUCAUGAAGAGGCCGACACGAGUAUUGUGGUUCACGUGCCACAUGCACUUCAGCAGGGAUUGACGACUGUGCAAGUUCGCACUGUGGACACUGAUGUUGUUGUUGUCCUUAUUGGUGUCUUUCACAUGCUGUUACUGUCACAACCCAAGGCUGAUAUUUGCGUCCCCUUUGGAGUAGGAAAGAACUACAGACUUUACAGCAUCAGUGCUCUGUCCACCAGCCUUGGUACAAAAAGGUCACAAGCACGCGAUUUCUGGAUGCGACACAACCUCUGCUUUUUGGGGAAAAGGAAAGAAGUCUUUCUGGCAAGCUUGGAUAGCGUUUGAAGAGGUUACAGACACUUUUGUCUACCUAGCUUCACAUCCUUUUAAACCCAUUGAUUCCAACUGUGAGAACUUUUGUAAAAUUGAGCGGCUGAUCGUCCUCGUCUACGACAAAACGAGCACUUCACUUUCAAUCAACCAGACAAGGAGGGAACUGUUCUGUCUAAAGAACGUCACAAUGGAAAGUCUA